AAAUCACUUUGAGGUCUCCCCCGAGGUUGCUGUUCUGGCCAGCCUUGGCUAUUUCCCAUUGCCCAUGUACGGAUACAGCCUGCCUGGCUCCUCCUACGUAACAAUGUCUGAAUGUACCCCAUGUCCAGUCCCCUCCUCCCCGACGGAAUGAACUGCAAGGGACGUCACCCCUUUCCCACAAUCAGGGUCCGACGACACCCUCCCACUUCUCUAUCCCCAUCCUUGCGGAUGCCCAUUUGCCCAUCUUCCUUUUGUCGUCAGAGGGAGGGUCACGAAACGAAAAUAGGGUCCAAAGUGUGGAACCAAGGACGCAGGUUUCGGACCCUUUGCGCAUCGAUCCCACCAAAGGAUGCCACACACCCAUACUAUUCAUACGAAAAGAGAGAUACCUAGCCUGGUUGCCUUUGGUGCAGUAUGUAAUAUUGUAGAGACAUUGAGAACUCGGACUAGAGACCUCACACACAUACAAACGUAGAUCCCCUGGACCCUGACAUCAUCCCCUCUCCCGCGGUCCCUGAUCCCGCGAGACCCAACCCAAACCAACCACCCCUGUUCUGUUCACGAACCUCCCACCCCGCGAUGAUGACAUGCCCAAAUCACACAACCUUACCAACAUACGCCAUCUGACUUGGAACAGACAUAGCUGAUCGCCCUCCAAAACUACAGCCCUGAAAAGAACCACCGAGAAAACAUAUAAACCACCCUUCAAACCCACCUACAUCGACUUUCCUUUCUCUCAUCAUCAGCAUCAAGCUACAAAACAACCCAACCCAACUCAAUCAAAACAAACAACAAAAGACUUCAAGUCUACCCCAUCAUCCAAACAACCCAAACCACUUAAACAAACUCUUCGCUCCCAAAAACCGCAAUCAUGCCUCUCAGAACCACCCGCCACACAACCACCACCGCCCCCCGCCGCAGCAUCUUCUCCCGCCGCCGCGCGCCCGCCCACACAACCCACCACCACACCACCACCAAGACAACCCGCACCACCAAGCGCGGAGGCGGCGGCCUCUUCUCCCGCCGCCGCGGCCCCGUCACCCACACGGCGCCCGUCCACCACCAGCGCCGCAAGCCCUCCAUGGGCGACAAGAUCUCCGGUGCCAUGCUCAAGCUCAAGGGCACCUUGACCCGUCGCCCCGGCCAAAAGGCCGCUGGCACCCGCCGCAUGCACGGCACUGACGGUCGCGGCUCGCACCGCGCCCACCGCUACUAAGCGUGUGCGCAGUGGCGUAUAAAAGAUACCCCCCUAUCAACCGAUAGAUACCAGCAAGCGAGUCUCUUAUGUGUAUGGAUUAUGAUGGAUUUUGGAUACCUACUGUAUUAGUACUGUUGAGAGC